CUAGAAUCGUGUUGCUCAACGGUUUUAUUAUGACGUCAUUUUGAUCUUUCAUUUCGCAUUUUGUGUUUUGUACGUUAAUGUGUAGAUUGGAUCGCUGGAGCAGUUAGAAAUAAACGCGUAAAAGCAGUUAUUUCAAGCGAAUUUCUUCAAGCAUCCGGGUUCUAGGCCUGCUUCUACUUUUGCUGGUUUAGACUUGUUAAAGUUGAGUAAUGGUGUACAAUUAUUUAUGAAGAUUCUUGCAUAAGAAGUAUUCUCAAGUAAGGUACAUUCAGUAAGAUGGACAAACAUAGCAAAGGGAGGAGCUGGCCUAUGCCGGAUGCUGGUAUCAAAAACAUCAUCUUCAAACUCGAAGAAGCCCUAAGUAAUGAGAGUCAGUUUAUCUGCAACUACGCUGAGAGGAAGCCUUGGGAAGUUACAAUGUCUGCCAGGGAUGGUGCCGCGCACGUUUUGAGGUUUCUCAAAGUUUGGUUUGAUGCCCCUGAAGGCGUCUUUUUUUCCGCUGUCUACUACCUUGACAACUUUUUGGCGCGCAUGAAAGUCCAGGAAAAAUUUCUCCCCUGCUUGACUGUGAGUUGCUUCAACCUGGCGGCCCAAAAUCACGGCUUUAAGAUCAAUACUAGUCACUUAGUGCUGCUGUCUCAAAGCAAAUGUUCUGUCAAAGAUAUGGAACGUAUGAGUGCAAUAAUCACCGAAAAACUUAACUUGGGAAGCCUAACAAACUGCAAUCAUUUAGACCAAUUGCAAGUCUUCAUGGACAUUUUCAAAUACAUCGCCGUACAGUUUAAAAUCCAGGGCUUGCUUAACAGGAUGUUGCAGUGGCAACAACUAUGUACAAGACUCGAAAUACUACUUUGCGAUUCGUCGUGUGCAGCUUUUAAACCAUCAGUCCUCGCUUUAGCGUUUAUCCACUUCGAAAUGGAUCGCUUUUUGUCGAAGGAAAAUCCCAAAAAGUCCAAUUAUUACUCAACGGAAAUGUUCUAUAUUUUGGCAGUGAUGAUUGAACUUCAGACGUUAUGCAACAUUAACUCAAGUGAUUACAAGACUUGUUUUGAAAACAUCACAAACGUCUUGAAGGAGUACGACAGGAGGACGAAGACAACUCAUUGUCAGAAAUUGACUUGGCGCUUUUCUAUCUCCACACUUGCCUUGUCUAAGUUUAGUCAGAAUUAUUAUUCUAUGCUCAAUACUAUCACAGAAGAGUGAAACACUUUAUAUGAAAAAAAAAAACAACAAAAAACAAAAACGUUUGAAAAAAAUCAAAAAACGAGAGAAUUGGUUUUGUUUACACCCCAGUAAUUUAUUUGUUUGUAAAUGUUGCUUUCGUUUAAGUGUGAUUCCAUGUUUAGGAACUGUAAACCAAUUCUUUUUAUAGUUAAAUUUUUAUUUAAUAAUUUUAUAAUAAAUGUCAAUGCUAAAGAUGUUGGCUAGGUACAUAGCUUAAUAUCUUAAGUACAGCUUUACGUUUUCCUUGAAGUAGGCGUGAACUAUGCAUUUAAUUAGUUUGUGCCAUUUUAUUUAAAAGUGUUAUGUAGAAUUCAAAAAUAAAUUUAAUAAUACUAGUCGUGCCGUUACCAUUUCUGUCGGACAGUAAAUUUGCCAAUUAUAACAUUCUCAAUAAAAUCUUAAAAUUA